ACGCCGCCUGGUUCGCACGCGCACGCUCGUCGCGCCGGCGCGCCUCCGCCGCGCUGCGACCUACUGGCGGCGGCUGCGGCGGCUGCUCCGCCCGCCGCCCUCGGCCACGCGCCACCGAUGUGGAAGCGCCUCCUGGAGACGACCAAGAAGGUGGCCGCCGCCGCGCCCGAGCUCGCAACCCGGAAGCGCCCCUCCACCAGCCGCAGCCCCGCCGUCUCCCCGGCCACCGCGGUCUCCCCCGCCUCCCUCCUCCGCCUCAAGCAGGCCGCCGCCUCCAAGAAGACCGCCUUGCCCUCCUCCCUCCCCCACGCCCUCGCCAACGAUGGGGAGGAGGAGGACAACUCCCGUGACUUCACCAAGGAGAUCCUGUCCAUAUUGAACGGUCCUGAUGAAGCGGAAGAGUCCGGGGCCACGGAGGCGCUGCCAGAGGAGUCCGAAGACGACGUGGACGCCAUCGGCAACAAGAUACUGGACAUGGAGUGGUUUGCAGGGUCGCAGCCGAGUAGCAUGAUGAUGCACUUGCGGAAGGAGGUGGCGAGGGAGAAGAAGAAGCGCUACAUCUUCAAGAACACGGAGAGCCGCCGCUUCACGAGGCUGAUGCGGAUGUGCGCCGACAAGCUUGGCACCGAGUCUGCGCUCGAGUUCUUCGGGAGGCUGGGGAGGGAUACCGGUCCCAAGGAGUUCAAUGCAUUGAUUAGGGUUUGCUUGGAAAAGGCAAGGGCCUGCGGGGACGUUGACUCAGCAGUGGAACAUAUUUUUCGGGCAUAUCGGCUUUUUGAGAUGAUGAAAGAUAGGGGGUUUCAGAUCGAGGAAGACAGUUACGGGCCAUUUCUCUUGUACCUGGUGGAUGUGGAGUUGUUGGAGGAAUUUGAGAUGUUCAGUGCAUUUUUUAGGGAUGCGAAUCCACGGUCCUGCUCCAGGAUACCUUAUUACGAGAUGUUGCUCUUGAUUCGAGCUCAAGAUGAAGAAAGCAUUCGAGAACUUUGUCGCUCUGUUGAAGACUGCAGUGAUGAAGCUGAUUAUUGCAUAGCAGAAAGCUAUAUGCUGGCCUUUGCUGAAAGCAACAGAAAGAUGGAUUUUGUCACGUUCUUGGAAUUACUUGACCCAACAAAAGUUUUAGGGUCGAAGUACAUAUCCAGUAUAUUCAAGUAUAUGGGUAGGCUCAAACUGGAGAACCAUGCUGAGAAACUUCUUCAGAAGAUGACGUCAAAAGAAUACUCCGAUGUAAAAGUUUCAUCCUUAAUUUUUGACUAUGCUGCAAAUAUACCGAGUAUAGAGGUUGAAGAUGUUAUAUCAGCGUUUAAUAAAUGGCAAGAGAAGUUUAAGGUAGCACCUUCUGUUGGUGUAUAUGACAGGAUCAUCUCCUUUUGCUGCAGUUCAUCGAAGAUCAGCUUAGCUCUUGAUGUGGCUGAGUGCCUUUGUAAAUCCAAUCCCAGUGUGCCGAUUGAAUUGCUCAAUCCAAUAAUAAAUGCCUGUGAGCAAGGCUACGAGCUUCACAUGGCUCGUCCGUUAUAUAAUUUGAUGAGUCUCUACAAGUUGAAAUUGAAACCCGAAACUUUCAGGAGCAUGAUAAGUUUAUGUGUAAAAAUGAAAGAUUUUGAAGGUGCUUACACUAUACUCACAGAUGCAGAAGAAUCUGGGGAGACGUCCACCGUAAGCCUGUAUAAUGUUAUUAUGGCUGGAUAUUUUAGAGAGAAAAAUCACAAUGGAGCACAAAUGGUCAUGUCGCAAAUGCAGAUUGCUGGAGUAAAACCAGACUCUGAAACAUUCAGUUAUUUGAUCUCAAACUGUGAUUGUGAGGAGAAAAUAUCAAAGUACCUGGAUGAACUAAGGCGAGAUGGAGUUCAAAUGACCAAGCAUGCAUAUAUGGCACUAAUUAAUGCAUAUUCAAGACUUGGGAAUUUUGACAUGGCCAAACAGGUUGCCCUGGAUAAGGAAAUACCACCUAAGUGCCUCAGUGAAGUAAGAAGCGCGCUUGUAGGAGCGCUUGCAUCGAAUGGGAAGGUAUCAGAUGGACUUGAAUUGUUUGACGAAAUCAAGCAAUCCGGAGGCUACCUUGAACCAAAGGCUGCAAUAGCCCUGAUUGAGCAUACUCAAACAGAAGACCAGCUAGAUAGACUGUAUCAACUUCUGGAGGAGGUGAGCGAGCCAGGCAUGUGGUUUGAUGGGUGCGGCAGAGUGCUUCAAUACUGUGUUCAGCACAAUCACCCUGAUGCCGCUGUUGAUUUACUUAAGCAACUGAAGGAGACAAAUGAAAUGAGUACAUACAUGAUUGUUGAUCAGGUCUUCUGCCAAAUAUGGGAAAUGGAGCCUGUAAAUUUGGAUCUUGGAAUGGAGCUUCUCCGUGCUGUCAAAGAGCUCGGGCUAAAUGUUUCUCGGACAAGCCUUGAUUUUCUUCUCAGCGCAUGUGUAAAGGCAAAGGAUUCACAACGUGCCCAGCAGAUCUGGGAAGAAUAUGAAUCCUCUGGCCUUCCACACAACGUGUUGACUUCCUUGAGGAUGUACCAGGCUCUUGUUUCGUCUGCCCAGAGGUCGGCAGCAAAGAAGUUGUACAAAACAAUACCAAAGGAAGAUCCUCAUGUGCGCUGCAUACUAGAUUCUUGCAAAAUAACAUAUAACAGGAAGCGCGGUAAACGUAAAGCUGCCACUGAGCCCAGUCCAGGAAAACAAGAGCGGUUCUAGGCGGGUCGACAAGAUGCACCUUGGGGGAGCUUGAUGGUUGAUGGUGAUGUUUGCUUGCUCUGAAUUUGCGAAGCGACGGUUUGAAAAAUGGGUUGUACUCUUAUGUUUUUUUCGAGAAACCGUGCGAUGUACAGGGAAUGAUGUCGCGAACAAUAGGAUAUAGAUCUGGUUAUGCCGUUUAAUCCCGACCCAUUUCUGGUUCCCCCAGAAGUUGAGGAUGCUAACCAAAUGGUUGAUGGAGAUGUGCACCUGCUCUCAAUUUGUGAAGCUGCAGUUCGAAAAGAAAAGCAAUGUAUGUCCCUAGAUUGACAAUGUUUAGCCUUAAACCAUCUAACUGCUUGUUGGUUGCUGAUUGUUGA